CUCUCUGGAAACUUUCGGGAUUUGAGAACAAACUUUGGACAUUUCUCCUCCACUCCACGGGAUUGCCCUCACUCAGAGAAGCACGAUGAGCUCGGCACGGUGCUUUAUGACUGUUUAUCUCACGCUGUUUGGAUACUUUGGAGAGGUUUACGCAGCGACUCUUUUGAAGAACUCCAACCUUAUCAAGAGCGUGCCGGGUGGAGCCGGCGCUAAAGGGGCCACUGACAGCGUCAGCCCGAGCCCGCGCACCUCUCCGGCGGGCAGCAUCGCUCACAAGUCACCGGCGGACACCUUGCAGCAGUUGGGUUUCUGCACUGAUGAUGAAGAGUGCGGAGGUGACGAGUUCUGCAAUGACUCCCGGGGAGCCUGUCUGCCCUGCCGUAAGACCAGGAAAAGAUGCGCAAGAGAUUCCAUGUGUUGCGCAGGAAACCGCUGCAGCAACGGUGUCUGCCAGGCAAAUGACAUCGAUGGAGCAGAGCCAGGAUGGCACAUUCACAACAACACCAUGGAGCAUCACUUCAAGAGGCCUCCAACUGCUCAUCACCAGCCUCACGCAGUGAAAGGUCAAGAGGGAGAUACCUGCCUGAGGUCUACAGACUGUUCAGAAGGUCUCUGCUGUGCCAGGCACUUCUGGUCCCGCAUCUGUAAGCCGGUGCUGACGGAGGGCCAGGUGUGCACACGCCACCGCAGGAAAGGCACCCACGGCCUGGAGCUGUUCCAGCGGUGCGACUGUGGCGACGGUCUGGCCUGCAGACCGGAGAAGGGAGAGCGAGACCACAUUGUCAGCAGGACUGCAGCCCGGAACCUACACACCUGUCAGAGACGCUGACAUGGACACCCACGAAUCACUCACACCAAAGAUGCUGACACACACACACACACACAAGACACCGAAGACAUUCUUUCCUGCCAUACUCGCUGACACCACCACAGCACCAGGAAGGAUAUAAACCGUUCCCGGGGAAAGGCGAUACACCCGGAGGGACGCAACAGUGCAACACGGACUGAUCCAAUUCCCCGCGUGGGGUCGGAAGUUAGGAAGUGACACUUCAGAGUUCUUGGCCAGAUCGAUUCAAGUUGUCGGAGCUGCUUUGUUUCUCUUUUUAUGGAACUUCAAGUCUCAGUUAUUGCAGUAAAUUACUGUAUUGUAAAUAGUAAUGUGGAGGUGGCACUUAGUUGGACAAUGGAGACGUGUCAA